GUCCUCCUCGCCUGUGUCAUUCUGCUGGCAUUCAGCAGCAACAUUCUCACCUUCCAGCAGGCAUAUCAGUCUACAGAGUUCUUCUGUGGCACCGCGUGGGUGACCCGAUGCAUGGGUCGAGCUGGGCUUGCUACUGCAGCUUUGGACGUGAAGUUGGGUUCACGUCCACCUGGGAAGCAGAACGCCUACGAUAUUAUGCUGGCCAUGGUGACAGUGCUCAACAGCAAGCCUCGCGAUUGUUUGGUGAUGAUUGGAGUUGUUUGCAGCUCCUGGGUAAUCAUCAGUGCCAACGUCCACAAACGAACGCCUUGGUUUCCGCUAG